AUUGUUACCUAGUCCCACCUGGGUGAUCAUGAACGGAAGCGCAGUGCCAUUGUCACCAGUUGGAGGAGGAAUGGUGGGGGAACCCUCCUCUCUCCCCUCCUUGGGUUGGCAGGAAUUCUGCGAAGUCCACGCUCGUGCUGUUGCAGUUGAUUUUGCCCGUCGUUUCCAGACCUUCCUUGGUGAGAACCCUCAGUUUGCCACCCCAGGAGCCGAAGCUGCUUUCUCACACCGCUUUGCAGAGCACUUCCUAGAACAUUUUGAGGCUGAGGUGAGCCGGGCUUACACCAGUGACUCGCCACCUUGCUGUGACAUUGCCCCUUUCACUGGUGGUUCUUCUGCACAGGACCUCUCUGAAACCUGCAGUGACUCCUUGGUGGCUUCCCCUGUUGAGCCUCCAUUGGGCCCACCCUCUGGCCUCUCUAGCAGCCAGUCCUGCAGUUCUGAAGAUGUUUCUGCUGUGGCAGCCAUUACCGCUACGAAGCCAAAGCUGAAGAAGCGCUUUUCUUUGCGCAGUGUUAGCCUCAGUGUCCGAGGUAGCGUACGUGGCAUUCUUCAGUGGAAGACCUCAGCUGAAUCAUCCUCUGGUGGCAGAGAUGGGACACCCACUGGAGCCAACAGUAAUUCUAAUUCUUCGGGUGGUGGUGACUCAGACCGUUGGACUCACCGAUUUGAACGUCUUCGGCUCAACAAAGCCUCCCCAGUCACUCUCCGAGUCGAACUGGCUGGUGUGCGCCGUGAAGGCCUACUGAACUACAUUGUGGCUGAUGAUGGGUCAGGCGGGGGCAGUAGGACACGCUGGCAGAAAUGCCGUCUUCUCCUGCGCAAAGCAGGGAAGGGAGAAGGGGAGGGUUACCUGUUGGAGUUCUACAUACCACCAAAGGCAACAAAGCCACGGGUCAGCAUUGCUUGUUCCUGUGUAAUGGAUGUGCGGACAACAACUCCACUGGAGAUGCCAGACAAAGAGAACACNGUCUGA